AUGAGCACCGAUUUCAAUGAGAUCCUACCGGAUGAAUUCAUCGAUAUUGAUGAUCUAUUUUCCCUCCCAUUGGAUUUCAUAUCGAACGAUGGAUACGAUGCUCUUGCGAUAUUUGAUAAUGAACCUGUUAUAAACGAACAUCAGACGAUAUCAUCAAUACCGACGAUUGAUGAAGAUGCAAUUGAAAGGUUAACUCCGCCGAAUUCCUCUGAGGUAGAUUAUAUAUCAAAUCUAGUUUGCCGUGUUUGUGGUUCCCGAGCAUAUGGUUACAAUUUCGAUCAAAUUACUUGUGAGUCUUGCAAAGCGUUUUUCCGUCGAAAUGCUUUCAAAGAUUUGUCGAAUUUCAAAUGUCAUCAUUCUGGUCUGUGUAUUAUCACCGAACAAACACGACGCCGAUGUACAUAUUGUCGAUUGAAGAAAUGUUUCGAUGUGAAGAUGCGCAAAGAUUGGAUUCGAACUGAUGAAGAGCGUCAAUUUCGAAAGAUGAUAAAUUCUGAAAAAGAACGAAAGAAAUCGAUCAAUGAUCAACAAAUCGUCAACAAUUUUCCGCUCGUUGUUCGAAAGAAAAAACGUCUAACACUUCUCAUGAAAAAAAUCUCUAAUUCAAAAGUCAAUUAUUUCCUAUCGGAUGACGAUCGAAGUUUACUGAAUAAUAUCACAAACGCCUAUCAAAAAGGUAUUUCACAAACAGAUGGCUUUCGAAUUUACAAAUGUACGUCAACACCAUCGUUAGUUGAAUAUAUGAAUAAUGAAAGUCAUACACAUGAAACAUUAAUUCAUUUUUUUAAAUCGAUUCCGCAAUUUAAACAAAUCUCUAUAUCCGAUCAAAUUUCAUUAAUUAAAUUCAAUCAAUUAACUCUCAUUCAUUUGCAUUAUAUUGUCAUCAGAAACUUUCGAGAAAAUCUUUUAGUGGGACAACUCAUGACUGAAUGGGUCAACGGAAAUUUCCAUCAACAAAUGUCAAAAACACGCCGCUAUUUCGAUAUGUUUAUCGAAUAUCCGUUAAUCUUGAAAUUAACUCUCGUUGUUCUUAUAUUUUCAACGAGUUUAUCAAUGCCACACUGUUACAAUGAUCAAUUUAGCAAAUAUGAAAAUCAAAAGCAAAUUUUUGAAUGUCAAAGCUAUUACAUUUCAUUAUUAUGGCGUUAUCUCAACCAUUUAUUCGAAGAAAAACAAGCAAUUCGAUCAUUUCAACUUAUUGUUACACAAUUGUUACGUUUUCAAACAUUAAUGAAUUUUUUUGAAGAAUUUGCUCAACAAGAUCGAAACCGACAUUCAUUCAAUCAAUUAAUGAAAUCAAUUAUUCUAUUUAAAUAA